CGUACAACCCAUGCGCGAGCUGGAAAAUCAGAAAUUCUUGCUAAAAAAUUUUAAGUUCACAUGCACUCCAUAAAAAACGGGAACGAUCUUGUUGAUACACUCGUAGAAAUCAAUCGAUUUUCGCCUCAUACGUGACAAACUGUGUCCCGCGAUUUAGCUAGGAAUAAUACCGUGGCGUAAACAUGUGAUCGCAGUGGUCAAUGAAACUUUGACGUCUGGUACUGUCAAGCGGCUCGCUUUACGAAUCGUCCGAGACGAAAUUUCCUUUGACAUCACUGUUGGACACGUUCAUUGGCAUGGCAGUCUGCGGGGAAUACAUUCGCAGUCAAUUUCCCACGAUAGACGACGAUCUCUACCAAUAUGUGGAAGGUAUUUUAGACAGUUCAAAGGACGACUUCGAGGACGGAGACGAGGUGUACGAGGCAAUCGGCGAGGUGCUGCACGAGGUCGCUGAAAAGCCAGAGAACGAGGUUAGGCAAAUAUGCGUGAAACUGUUGGAAAUGCUAAAAGGGAACGCGAACGAUGGAGAAGUCGAGAGGAGAAAGAACGGGGUGAACAAAGUAUUGAAUGCUCCAAUUCAUUUGGGCACCAUGGCUGCUACCUUGGAAGCUCAAGUGGAGCAAAUAAAGAGUAUAUGGGUUACUACCAGAGAUGACGCGAUGAAAGUGGACGCCAAGAAGUUAGAGAAAGCAGAAGCGAAGUUACAACAGAAACAAGAGAAAAGAAGUAACACUGAAUCUACUGGGCGAGUUAACAGUGUCAGUCAGAGCAUAGAAUCUGCGAGCGCCAGCCAGAUGACUAGUAAAAAGGACAGUAGGAUGGAGAACAAGGGCAGUGUAAAUAAAACUCAAGACAUUAGGAUAGAAAAUUUUGAUGUAGCAUACGGGGACAGAGUAUUAUUGCAAGGAGCUGACUUGACGCUCGCGUUCGGUAGACGCUACGGCCUUAUCGGUAGAAACGGACUAGGAAAAACCACUCUAUUACGAAUGAUAUCUAGUAAACAAUUGAGAAUACCUUCGCACAUAAGAGUUUUGCACGUCGAGCAGGAAGUCGCCGGUAAUGAAACGUCUGCUCUCGAAUCCGUAUUGGAAUGCGAUCACGAAAGGAACUUGUUGCUUGACAAAGAAAAAGAACUGCAAGCGGCGAUCGAGAAGGACGGUGGUCAGAACGCAGGAGAUGUUUUGGGCGAGGAAUUAAACAGAGUCUACGAGGCGAUGCAAAUGGCCGAAGUGGACAAAGCACCAGCUACAGCUAGCGCAAUUUUAUCUGGACUUGGGUUCACCGUCGAGAGGCAAUCGUGGCCAACGAAAUCGUUCUCCGGUGGCUGGAGAAUGAGACUAGCGUUAGCGAGAGCAUUAUUCUCUAAACCUGAUCUCUUGUUGCUCGAUGAACCUACGAAUAUGUUGGAUAUCAAGGCUAUACUGUGGCUUGAGAGAUAUUUACAGUCGUGGCCAACUACUCUGCUCGUAGUUUCUCACGAUAGGAAUUUCUUGGACACGGUGCCGACGGAUAUUUUGUACUUGCGUGGGCAAAAGAUCGAAGCGUACCGAGGGAAUUACGAACAGUUCGCGAAAACGAAAGGAGAACGCGAGAGGAAUCAGCAAAGGGAGUACGAAGCCCAGCAGGCUAAGAGGGCACACGUGCAGGAGUUCAUCGAUCGAUUCCGAUACAAUGCUAAUCGCGCUUCUAGUGUACAGAGUAAAAUUAAGAUGUUAGAGAAACUGCCAGAACUUAAACCGAUGGAGAAGGAGGGAGAAGUAACUCUUCGUUUCCCGGACGUGGAACCAUUGAGUCCUCCUAUAUUGCAACUUAACGAAGUUUCCUUCAGCUACACCGGCGAUGCCAAUAACUAUAUAUUCACCGGUGUUAAUCUGACCGCUAGCUUACAAUCUCGCAUUUGUAUCGUGGGAGAGAACGGUGCUGGUAAAACUACGUUGCUGAAGAUCAUAACGAGUGCGUUGAGCCCCACCCGAGGCACUGUACACGUCCACAGGAACUUGAAAUUCGGAUACUUCAGUCAGCAUCACGUGGAUCAAUUAGACAUGCGUGUGUGCCCGGUUGAACUGUUGCAAAAUCAUUUUCCAGGAAAGCCGAUUGAGGAAUACAGGAGAAUGCUGGGAAGCUUCGGAAUCAGCGGUAACUUGGCACUGCAGACUAUCAGCUCUCUGUCCGGUGGGCAAAAGUCGAGAGUGGCGUUCGCGUUGAUGUGCGCUGCCACGCCGAACUUUUUAGUGCUCGACGAGCCCACCAAUCAUUUAGACAUCGAGUCCAUCGAGGCUCUAGGCAAAGCAUUGAACAUCUGCCAGGUAAAAUCAUUUCAGUGCUUGAUCUCAUACGCGAUUCUGUUUCCGCUGCAUCCGUUUCUAAAUCAUUUUUCAGGCGGGCGUCAUAUUAGUUUCGCACGACGAAAGACUCAUUCGCAUGGUGUGCACCGAACUCUGGGUAUGCGCCGAGGGUUCCGUGCGGUGCAUCGAGGGCGGUUUUGACGAGUAUCGUAGGAUCAUUGAAAAGGAGUUCGAAGUAUAAAAAUCAUUUUUUUCUUCUCUUUUUUUAAAUCAAUUGCAUUGCGAGACGGCGCAUUGUCCCGAGUUAAGUUACCGAUGUGAAAAUUUCGAUUCGAAAUAAACAAGAAAAACCAUA